AUGCGUGUUUUCUUACUGCCAACCUCAAACCCCGACCGUCGCGCCUCAAAAAAAAAGAAAGAAGCUUAUACGGUAACCUUUCCAUGUACAAAAAUCGCAGGGAAUUGUGGACGAACAAGUCGGCCACUUCGGACAAGUAACUUAGUCCUGCCGCCCCCAGCAAUAGCCAUGAGUCCCACUUUGAAAAGCGUGGAUCGUCUUGUUGUCAAAUUCAUCGUGGAUAACAGUGUAGAAUGGUUAACUACCCUACCUCCUGGAUUCACGCAUGAGCGACCACAACAUCUAUUCGAGCAGAAGCCAGAAUUGUGUGAGAUUAGCGGUGUCCCUAUCAUCGAUCUCGAGAAAUACUGCUGCGGUGCGCAUGGAUUUUCGGCCCUCAUCGAAACCCAAGUUGAUGGUGAGACUCAUCUGAUCCUCUUCGACACCGGGCCCGACUCCCGCACAAUGGCCCGCAACCUCGAUGCGCUCCAAGUGCCCAUCGAGCGCAUCGAGCGAGUCAUCCUUUCGCACUGGCAUGCUGACCACAGCGGGGGCCUGCUCACUUUCCUCCAGCGCCGUACCUCCAGCACCUUACAGUCAUCCCCUUGCAUAGUCGACUUGCACCCGGACCGCCCGGUUUUCCGCGGCGUCGGCUCGCGCGCACGGAUCCUCGGGCGUCUUCCCGCCGAUCCGACGUUGGAGCAGAUCGCCCGUGAAGGAGGGGUCGUAGAGACUCACAUGGAAGGGCACGCUGUCGCAGGUGGCAGCGUGUGGGUGAGUGGCGAGAUCCCCCGUGUGACCGAAUGGGAAGGCGGAAUUUUAGGCGGUGUGAGGUGGGUAGAGGAGCAGGGUAAAGGCGAGUGGGUCAAGGACGAGUUCAUCAUGGAUGAGAGGUACGCUGUGGUCGAUGUUGCAGGAAAGGGCCUGGUAAUCUUUUCCGCUUGUUCGCACGCCGGCAUUGUGAACGUUGUCAAAGAUGUGAUCACCCACUUUUCCCGACCGGUGCACAUGAUUAUUGGCGGACUGCACCUCGCAAGCACCGAUCUUGCACCACGCAUCGCGCCUACGGUGAAUUUCCUUGCGAAGGAAGUAACUCCACCUCCGCAGUUCAUCCUCCCGAUGCACUGUACUGGCUUCGGCGCAAAGUUGGCACUAGAGGCGGCUUUUGGCGAGGGAUGCGUGCCGGCUGGCGUCGGUGUCAAGGUGGAGGUAACAGCCUGA